AAUAAUAAUAGUUCGGCUACAGGUUUUUUGGGCGAUUGUUUAGCGUGAAUCUCUCUAUUUUACGCCUUCACCUCUUAAAAAUCUCCAACGAAUAUUAAAGAAUUGAAAAAGAUGAGAACAUGGUCAUAUUAAAAAGCUGACUUUGUGUUUUUAAAUUUUCAAAUUGUAAAUCUCGUUUAAUUGUUUAAUACAGAGUUUCUGUUUUUGUUGGGGUUUUGGUUUGGGAGAUGGACAAAGAAGUUUCUCAGAAACAGCACGUUCUGUGGAACACGUCUCGUUGCUUCAGAGCCUUCUUGGUUUCUCCAAUAUAUUAAUUUCUAGAUAUUCCAACAUUUAUCCAAUUUCCUUUUUUUUGUUAAUUACUUAAUAAAAUAAUAACAAUUGGUUGCCGACUCUCUUUUCAAAAACAACUUUUUCUGGGUCUUUCUCUUGGUUCUCUUCCUUCCUGGUGGGCUUUGCUGGGUCUUCUAGGUUCUGAUAUGGCAGUGGGAUUUUCAUGUUUAGGCCAUCAUGGGCUGGAUUUGUUGCCUUUUUUCAACAAGGGUUUGAUAGAAUGUUGAAUUUGGAAUCUUGAUGGGAAUGGUGGGGUUUAUUGCAAAUUUGAUUACUGGAAUUUGAAAGAUUGCAAUUUCUAAAUUUGACUGGAGAGGUUGGAUUAGGAAUUGCUGGAUUGCAUUGAUUUUGUGUACUAAGCGUCUUAUUUGAUUAGUGGAUUAAUCAUAUAAGAACAGUUGAAGAAAUUUAUGGAGCUAGCUCACGAGGGACAAGGCAACAACGAAGAAAUGGACAGAGAGACCUCUGCAGAUAUUCCUCUUAGGGAGCGCAAUACAUAUCGUUCACAUUUUGCCGGUAUGGUUAGGCAGAAGGCUUAUAUAUUUGAUGGAUUUGGUAAUUUCUACAAUAAGGAAUGGGAUCUAGCAGAGGGGAGAGGCAAUGAGUUCUGUUGGUACCAUGUGGAGUUUCCAAAAGAAAAUCAUAAACUCACUCAAUCUGCACAAUACCUCAUUGGCGCUCUUUGUCCACCUUUGAAACUCCAAGACAUCCUCUCACUUAUUAGCAAUGGUCCAUUUUGUGGGCAUGUUGAUGGGGCUCUUGUAUUCAGAGUUAAUUCACCAGGUCCUCCAUCUAGUGAGUUUACCUUCAGAAUUGCUGCUAGAAUUACCGAGAAUUCUGUGAUUACUGUGUCAUCUGGACGCGUUCCAAGAUUAGGUUUCUCACGGAUGGGUCAGUCUCUUCUCACUGAGAUUCCUAGCGUGGAGACUCCCUCUUAUCUUAGAGGUCAACAGAAGGAAGGGAGUGGGGUAGUGUUAAAGGAGCAUGUUCUUGAAUUCUUCUUGACAAUGAAUCACUCUGAGGAGGCUGAUAAUCCUGUGCCGAAAUCUGUUUCAAAUCUUUUAGUUCAUAUCAUUGACACACAUGUGGAUCACCUUCAAGAUGUUGUAACCAAACUUGAGAUAGAAUUGGAUUCUGUUGAGCUUGAGUUGGAUAAAGGUAGUUUUGCAUUGAAGAAAGAAAUGUUAGAUGAAAGAAGAUUUCCUAAAAUGCAUCUUAACCUGCAGCGUCUCCUUCAGGUGAUUGCACACGGGGAGCAAGUAUUUCCUCGAGUCAAGGAAAAGUGCACUUCAAAACAAUGGUUUUCCAGUGAAGACAUCAACUCUCUUGAAGAGUUAAUUGGACGGUUAAGGAGGCUAAGAGACAAUGUAGGGUUCAUAGCAAAUCGUGUCACUGCAAUCCAGGCUGGUCUAGACAGUUGGCAGGCUGAGCAGAUUAACAGAAAGCUAUAUUAUCUUUCAUUCCUCUCUAUAAUCUUCCUUCCUCUGUCCAUCAUCACCGGAGUGUUCGGCAUGAAUGUUGGAGGAGUUCCAUGGACCGACCAGAAAAACCCGAAGUUAAAAGAUGGUUUCCGUAAUGUCAUGUUGCUUUGUGUGGCGAUGCUGUUUCUGGUGCUGCUUUGUUUCAUUUUCCCUUUUCUUUAUGCUAGAAUAGCCGAAUGGAGGAGGAAGAGGGCAACAAGGAAAAGCUGGGCACUCAACAGGAAGUCAUUCCUAAAGAGAACCAUUAGAAAUGUUGAUCAAGAAAGAAGGGGUUACCUUCGAAUUUAAGGAAAGGAGACUUUUUGUAUUUCUUUUCUAUAACCAUCCAAUUACUUGGCCGACAAUUUAGAGCAUCUUUGAACGUGUAUCUUUUUACAUAUAUUUUUUCAUUUUGUUUUGGAAUUCCAAAGUUUGAAUUAGAAUUUUUUGAAAUUUCAGGAAGCUUGUAGCAUGUACAGUGUUCCUUAAGCUUUAAUAUUUUCUUUUUCUUUAUUCUUAAAUUCAACAUCAAAGAAUUUGUAUUAUUGAAUCAUAAUUGAGAUGAAUGGUAUUUAACCACUUCAGUGCCA